AUGUUGAGGUUGCUCGUUGUGUUUGUGUCCACUGUCUUAACUGGAGUUUUUCCGGAUGAACAUAGUCAUGUAUAUGAUGUUGCAGAAGAAGUGGUUCUAUGGAUGAACACUAUUGGACCAUAUCAUAAUCGUCAAGAAACUUACGGAUACUUUACCUUGCCCUUUUGUCGUGGACCUAAAAUUUCAAUUGAACACACCCAUGAAACUUUGGGUGAAGCUUUACAGGGGACAGAACUUCAAUAUAGCGGGAUAGAUAUUCGAUUUAAAAUUAACAAACCUAAAUCAACGAUGUGUGAAGUUGAUGUCAAUUCAGAUGCUUACAUAGCUUUUAGUAAAGCUGUUGAGCAACAAUAUUGGUAUCAAAUGUAUUUGGAUGAUCUACCGAUUUGGGCUGUUGUUGGGGAGGUAAGCAAAGACGGUCAUCCUAGUAUUUGGACUCAUAAAGAACUGGAAAUCGGAUAUAAUGAGAAUCAAAUCGUUUUUGUCAAUUUAAUCAACGGUGACUUGACUCCUUUAAAACUGAACACCAAAAUUACAUUCUCGUAUAAGGUUAGAUGGGUUCCAUCAGAGAUAGACUUUUCUGAUCGAUUUGAUAAGUAUUUGGAUUACGAAUUCUUUGGACACAAGAUUCAUUGGUUUUCAAUUUUUAAUUCAUUUAUGAUGGUAUUGUUCCUUGUCGCAUUGGUCUGCAUGAUUUUAAUGCGAACAUUACGGCGUGACUAUGCAAGAUAUAAUAAAGAAGAUGGUCUAAGCGAUUUAGAUCGUGAAUUAGGCGAUGAAUACGGUUGGAAACAGGUGCAUGGGGAUGUUUUCCGCUCACCACCUCAUUCAUCUUUAUUAGCUAGUUUAGUUGGAACAGGAAUUCAUAUUGCCGUGGUCUCAUCCGUAGUAUUAUUUUUGGCACUAACUAAUAAAUUAUACACCGAACGUGGAAGUUUCAUUUCUACUGCCAUAUUUGUUUUCGCUACUACUUCACCGGUAAAUGGAUUGGUUGGUGGCAGUCUAUAUGCACGCAUGUCUGGCAAACGCUGGAUUCGUCAAUUCCUUAUGGGUGCUACGUUACUGCCUUUCCUAAUAUGUUGUUUCACUUUUCUGGUAGAUCUUGUUGCCAUAUACUACCGUACAAGUCGGUCUAUCCCUUUCUUCACAAUGCUCUCCAUCACUUCCAUUAUCUUAUUCGUAGUCAUUCCAUUAAAUUUAGUUGGUACUGUGUUAGGUCGUAAUAUAUUUGGUUUAGCGAAUUUCCCAUGUCGAGUGAAUCCUGUUCCUAAAGCAAUACCGGAAAAGAAAUGGUUUAUGGAACCGUCAUUUCUCAUUAUUGCAAGUGGACUAUUACCUUUUGGAUCAAUUUUUAUUGAACUAUAUUUUGUCUUCACAUCAUUUUGGGCGUAUAAAAUUUACUUUGUUUUUGGCUUCACUUUGCUUGUUUUAUUUCUUCUAAUUGCUGUGACAUCAUCUGUUACUGUUGUGGGCACCUAUUUCUUGUUGAAUUCUGAGGAUUAUCGUUGGCAAUGGACAAGUUUUCUUUCUGGUGCAUCGAUCACGUUUUAUGCAUAUUUAUAUUCGAUUUACUACUACUUCUUCAAAACCAAAAUGUUUGGUCUAUUUCAAACUACUUUCUAUUUCGGUUAUAUGGCAUUGUUUUGCCUAUGUAUAGGGUUACUUUGUGGUUCAGUUGGAUACAUUGCUGCUAAUAGAUUCGUUCGUAAAAUAUACUCAGUUGUCAAGGUGGAUUGAAAUGCCUAAUCACGUACAGAUAUUGUUUCUCUUUGUUUUUGUAUGAAAUUCUUAAGCUGUGAUUAUUGUCAACGUUUUUUCCUCUUCCUCACCUUCUGAUCUUUGUGUAUGUUUUUUCCACUAUUCUGUUAGACUUCGAUUUUGGUGUGAGUUGUUUGGGAAUUAUCAUCUAUGGUCAGUAUUUUAUUUCUUAAAUUAGCGUUGUUCAUAUAAGCACACUUCAAUGCUUCAUUUGUGUUUGAGGAAUUGAGUUUUUAUUCUUACAUUACCAUUAAUUAUAAUUAAGUUUCGUUAUAAUUUUUGGAUUUUUUUCUCUAUUCACUCAUCGUUUUCACUGUUUCUAGGUUGUUUCCAG